AUGGCCCCCUCUGUGACUUCGGACCAACUGCCUGUGGCCCAGACACCAAACGCCCCUCAAACCCAAGUUGGCCUCAAUGGAAAAGUCAUUGCCAUUACUGGUGCCAACCGCGGCAUCGGUCUCGGUAUUGCCGAAUGCUGCCUUUCAAACGGCGCAGCCAAGGUCUAUUCCAUCGACAUUGGAGAGACUGGAGAUGACUUCGCUGCCUUGUUGAAGCGCUACCCCGAUCAACUAUUUGCUGUCACCGCCAAUGUGACCGAAGAAUCGACUAUCACUGCUGCGAUUGACAAAAUAAUCGAGGAGGCCGGCGCUCUGCACGGAAUGGUAGUUAAUGCUGGACGCACACACCAUAAGGCUGCUCUUGACUUCACCAAGGACGAGAUUGAGAGCUUGUUCAACGUGAACCUUUUCGGGGCUUUCUAUAGCGCACGCGCCGCCGCCCGUGCAUUUAUCAAAUUGGGGAUCAAGGGAUCUAUUGUUUUCACAGCUUCGAUGGCCUCUUAUCGUCCCAAUAAGCGCGUUCCCUCCACCCCCUAUGGUGCCUCAAAGGCAGGUGUUCGCAACAUGACCCACACUCUGGCAAUGGAAUGGGCACAGUACGGUAUUCGCGUCAACAGUGUGUCGCCUGGUUUGGUUAAGACUGCUAUGACAUACUGGGUUCCUCAACAGCCAGACUGGGAGCAGCAGCUUAAGUACUAUGGUGGCUUUCCAAGGUUAGCUGAGGUGCAGGAGCUCGGCGGUGCCUAUGUUUACCUCUUGAGUGAGGCAGCCAGCUACACCACAUCUAUUGAUAUUCCAGUUAAUGGUGUUAUUGGAAUUUGCUAA